CCCUUUUCAUCAGUCGAUCUCACAGAACGGUGGAACAAGAAUAUUAAGGGUAGAUGGCGCAGGCUUUGGUCGAUCAGCAUCCGGCGAACGGGGUGGUCAACGGCGCCGGCGGGAAUCCGCCUCCUUUGGCGUCGCUCUUCGUGGGGGACUUGCAGCCAAAUGUGACGGAGACGCAAUUAUUUGAACUUUUCAGACAGAUCGGACCUGUCGUGUCGGUGCGCCUCUGCCUGGACUCGAGGACGAACCGCUCUCUCGGCCAUGCCUAUGUUAACUACAGCAACCCCACGGACGCUGCAAUGGCUUUGGAUGUGCUGAACUUCACUCCUAUUCAUAAUAGGCCCAUUCGUAUUAUGUAUUCGAUACAUGAUCCUAGCAUUAGUAUAAAUGGGGCUGCAAAUAUUUUUAUCAAGAAUCUAGAUAAAACAAUAGGAAACAAAGAACUACAUGAGAUCUUCUGUUCUUUUGGUAAUAUCUUGUCCUGCAAGGUAGCUAUAGAUGCAUUUGGCCAGUCAAAAGGCUAUGGUUUUGUUCAAUUUGAACAAGAAGAGGCUGCACAAAAUGCCAUUAACAGGCUAAAUGGCAUGCUUGUGAAUGAUAAACUGGUUUAUGUUGGACCCUUCAUACACAAGCAAGAAAGGGAAAGCUCUGCAGACAAGACCAAAUUUUGUAAUGUCUUUGUCAAAAACCUUUCAGAAUCCACUACAAAGGAGGACCUGGAAUUUAUCUUUGGAAAAUAUGGGGAAAUCACUAGUGCAGUUGUGAUGACUUCGGAGGAUGGAAAAUCUAAGUGCUUUGGAUUUGUCAAUUUUGAGAUGCCAGAUGCUGCUGCCCAAGCAGUUCACGAACUUAAUGGGCAGAAAUUUGAUGAUGAGUGGUAUGUUGGAAAGGCACUGAAAAAAUCUGAAAGGGAAUUAGAUUUAAGGGGAAAUUUUCACCUACAUGCCAGGGAGGCAUUCAAUAAGCAUCAAGGGAUUAACUUAUAUUUGAAGAACUUUGAAGACAAUAUUGAAGAUGAUAUGCUGAGAGAAUUAUUUUCUGGGUUUGGGACAAUAACUUCUUGUAAGAUUAUGCGGGAGCCAAAUGGUGCAAGUAAAGGCUUUGGCUUUGUUUCUUUCUCAGCUCCUGAAGAAGCAGCUCGAGCUCUGGCAGAGAUGAAUGGAAAAUUAAUUGGUGGGAAGCCACUUUUCGUAGCACUUGCACAAGACAAAGCAGAAAGAAAAGCUAAGUUGCAGGUAUUCAAUUAGAUACAUAAUUGGCUCAGUUGUUAGGAUCCUUAAUUUAAGCCUACAAAUCAAAUAUGAUGCAUUUGGGACGGUAUUAUUAUAUUUGAAUGAUAUUACUUUCUAGAUAUUCUAUUUAACAGCUCUUGGGUGCUAAACUGCUAAACAAAAGGCAAUAUGUUCCUUGAUUCUUGAAUUUAGAAUGUCAUCCUGAUAUUCUUGGGUACAUUAU